AUGCUCGAUCAUGAUCCAAAUUCCGAACGAAGGAAACGAAGGAAGACAGACAAAGAUGACCCGGCAGAGACGACACAGGUUACGGUCAAUCCGUCCUCAACCAAGCCUGAAUCCGGGGAGUCACAGCCUAAGACACCGACCAGUCCGGGAAUUGAAAACCCUCCACCCAGCAAUCCUCAGGUCGUAAUCGCGUCAGGGGAGAGAAGGUCGCCCAGGCAGAAGACAAUUAAAUUGAAUGCCAAUGGGAAAUUAUUGUCGUCGCCGGUGUCUGCUAGGGUUGAGGACAAUCCGAGAAAGGGGAGGAAGAAUAAACGCGGCAAAGCAGCUGACCAAAAGGCUCAGCCUCUUGGGAGCAAGGUUGUCAUCAUUAAAUACAAUGUGGAAGCGAAUUCGGAGAAUAGGCUUGCCCAGCUCAUAGACGACAUUAUCAGUGGUCGGAAGAAACACAUCGCAGCCACAAAGCCUCUCCACCAGACCACGGCCCCUUCUAUACCUAAACAGGAGCAGUCUGCUAAAGCGACCCAUCCGUUCUUCCUGAAGAAGUCCUCUCAAAAGGCGAAUCACUGCAACACUCAGAUAGACGCUCAUGAGGCAACCCCCCCGAACUCCCAACGAAAAGACACUAAGCAAGUCGACUCGACGCCGAGAUUCCCUCUCCAAUCUAGCUCAAGCUUUUUAGGAUCAUCAACACCGACUUCAUUCGCUAAGCGGCCUAGAUACUCCGAACUCGCGCACCCAAUCUGGCCACCUCAUGGCCUCACACACGUCAGGGGCACACCAGACGAUCUCGAAUCCUACAGCCUCAAUGAUGACAUGAGGGGCCUAGGUCCGAAGAAGUCCAAAACUGCUGCGAUCAAUGUCUCCGACGACGAAAAUGUCCUCUUACUUCGGCUACCCAAGAACCCCUCCGCUGCGUCAGGAAUACUCAGAAUACCUGGGAGACACGUUGCCAGUGGGAAGAUCCUACAAUGCGCCGUCACCAGACAACUUUCCGAACAAGCUUCAUCUGUACGAACGAAGAAGAGUACUCUGAAUAAGACUUGUCACGCUGCCCUCGCCAAACUCCACGCUUCGCUUACCAGUUCCAUGUCCGCUUUUGACCUUGGUCUUUGCGACACCGCUAGCUGGACUCAAAAAUACGCUCCCCAAUCUGCAGAGCAGGUUCUCCAGGCCACGAGGGAAGUCUUCAUGCUGCGCGAUUGGCUGCAGUAUCUCAAGGUCACCGCGGUCGACACAGGCAAACCACAAAAAGACGAUGCGGCGAAAAAGAAGACGGAGGAGAGGAAGCGCAAGAAGCGCAAGAAGGACAAGCUGGACGGGUUUAUCGUAUCCAGUGAAGAGGAAGCCUCCGAGAUGGACGAAAUUUCUGGCUCGGAUGAUGAACUCGCUGCGGACAUGACCACCAAAAAGACCGUCGUUCGUGCUGGUGACAUGGCGCUAGGUUCAAAAUCUGGGACCGAGAAAACCCGCAUGUCCAAUGUCAUCUUGAUAAGCGGUCCUUCGGGGUGUGGCAAGACGGCAUCGAUUCAUGCAGUAGCCAAGGAGCUGGACUUUGAGGUGUUCGAAAUCAACCCGGGAAAUCGCCGGAGCGCCAAGGACAUCCUGGACCGUGUAGGUGACAUGACACGCAACCAUCUGGUCCAUCACCACCACGCCCAUGACAGUGCAUCUGAUGGAAGUGGUGUCGAGCUAGUGGACCCGAAACAGAAUAAACUCAAAGGGUUCUUCCAGUCAACAUCAACUGUCAAGUCAGGGGCCAAGCCGGCACCCGAACCAAAAUCCUCAACACUAGAGUCAGAGACGAAGCGUCCUCGCAGCCAGAAGCAAUCUUUCAUUCUUCUGGAGGAGGCAGACAUUCUUUUCGAAGAAGACAAGGGAUUCUGGUCCGGGGUGAUGACGCUAAUCAGCCAAUCGAAACGGCCAAUCAUCAUCACCUGCAACAACGAGAAACUUCUUCCACUCCAAGACAUCUCCUUUCAUGCCAUACUUCGCUACCGACCUCCUCCAAAAGUUCUUGCUGUUGACUAUCUCCUUCUCGUGGCUGCCAAUGAGGGCCACAUGCUUAAACGAGGAGCGGUCGAGAGCCUCUACGACAGCACAGGUCGGGAUCUCCGGCGAUCUAUCAUGGAGUUGGAUUUCUGGUGCCAGAUGACGAUCGGCAGCGAGAAGUCCGGCCUUGACUGGAUCCUUGAUCGCUGGCCGCGGGGGUUGGACCUUGAUCCGAACGGUGACCCUCUUCGGGUGCUGAGUCUUAAUGCAUACGAGCCAUUCAUGGGCUGGUUUGGGCGCGACAUGCUGCAAAGUCACGGACCAGACAGUGAGGUUGAACCUCGACUAGAGUCACUUGCAUGGUGGCGGCUUAGCAUGCAGGAAACACAGACCAUGAACACUGUCAGGCAGUCUGAUUCGUAUCAUUCGGGCACGAAACAGGUGCAAACGAUAUCCAACGCUGAUCAUCUAGAAACGUUAUUGCAAAAGUCCAAAUUUGCCGAUCUACAAAGUGACCUUGACCUUCUCUGCUCCCGCUGCUCACUUGACAUGAAGCUGGACACUAUGGAUCCCUCAAUCCCUCCAUUACCGGAAAAGCAAAGGACAAACUACACGGAAGGUUAUCAAUUGCUCUCCGCCGAUAUCAUGCCGGAGUACACAGCAAUGCCGGCGGCCAUGGGCUGCACCUUCGAGACUUUACUAGAGAAGACUUUCCCGCAUGAAUAUCAAAAGGACAAGCAGUCUCCUGAUAUGAAAGCCUCGGAUAAGAAGACUCCAGAUCCUGAAUCGGAGUAUGGCGCAAGGGUCCUGCAAAAAGUGACUAACCCCCCCAGUGCUGGUCUUGGCCGUGCUGAAUUCAAUGCGGCCUUCGAGCCUAUGACACGAGCGGAUUACAUCUUCCCCAUACCCACUGGCCGCUUGGCACCUUCAUUUGAAAACGGAAUGCGUCCCAUCGCUGAGGAUCUAGGACCGUAUAUCCGAGGAAUCAUGGCCUAUGAUCUCCGCUUGGCACACCGUCGGCUACAGCUGGGUGAAAUUCUCUCCAGUGAUGGGAAGGGGGCCAAGCGCACACGACAGACCCGAGCCAGUCGAGCAGCGCUUGAGGGGGGUGACAAAGCAUAUACUCGGAAGGAGAGAUGGUUUCCAUCGGAUGCCAAUCCGUCGCUGGUGUUCGCGACGGGCAAGCAGGAAUGGCAGGAAAUCCUGGCACGGAAGGGCUACUUUGUUGUAUCGCCCCCUGGGGAAGUCCUGGCAACUAUUUUUAUAUUAGCUUGUUUUCCUCCCUUAUCAGCCUCCUUCGCUCCCUCCCGCCUCCGACCGCACUCCGCUUCGUCAUUGCCUUGGCCUCCUGCGACAUCAACAACACUUCCACCAUCACCCCCCUAUACCGACUGUUCGCCCUCUGAUCCGGCGCUGGGUAAUUCCGCGCAGAGAUCCAAGUCCUCCCUUUUCGCAGACGAGCCGUCCUUUGGUGGGAACACAGGAAAUGCGGGUUCCUCCUCCCUCUUCGCCGACGACGAGGGGCUGAACUCCGGCUCGCUCUGGGGCAACAGUGUCAACAAACGGACGAAACACCAAAUUGUGAAGACUCUUCUUCCGCAAGAUGAGGUUCCUGACAGCUAUAUCGAUGCGUACGAUCUGGUGCUCAGUGAGGGGGAUCGCGUGGGCAGUGGUGUGGGCCUGACGUCCGUCCGCGAAAUCCUGUCGAGCAGCGGACUCAGUGCCAGCGAUCAGGAGAAAAUCCUGAAUCUGGUUGUCUCGGGCGAUUUAGACAGCUCCACUGGCCUAGGACGUGGCGAGUUCAGCGUGCUUCUGGCCCUCGUGGGCCUAGCGCAGGAAGGGGAGGACCUGACAUUCGAUACGACCCGACUCGUGCAGCUAACAGCAAAGCCAAGCUCAACUCAUUCGCGACAGUCCGCCCGUGGGUCCAUGGGCAGCUUUGAAGCCGAUCCGUGGGGAAGCCCUCAGCUGCAUCGAGGACACGCCCAUGCCCAAACCGAAUCCGAACACCCCGUUCUCAAUGGUUAUGGCAGCGUACGAUCCGGGACCAAUGCAUGGGCUAGCAGAGCCAGUGAUACCAGCGGCCCGCAGGAUGCGCCAGAGAAUCCCCAUCCCAAUGGAGGGGCGGGCUUGGGUCCUUCUGCUAACCCUGGCUUUGGAUGGGGAGACAACAUUGGAGAUACCUCGGAUGGACAUGGACUGGGAGGGCCGGUCCGAGCUGGACUUGGAGCCUUUGGCCCACCCGGGAGCGACCAAGGCGACUCCAAUCCCCGUCGCCGGUCCUUAGGCAUCGGUAGAGUUACGAAUACCCGUAUGGAGGAGGUGAUCACGAUCACCCUGCUUCCAGAAAAGGAAGGCAUGUUCAUGUUCCAGCAUCGCAAUUAUGAAGUCAAGUCUGCCCGCAGAGGGAGCACCGUGGUUCGACGGUACAGUGACUUCGUGUGGCUCCUGGACUGCCUCCACAAACGCUAUCCGUUCCGCCAAUUGCCACUGCUGCCCCCCAAGAGGAUUUCAGCGGACUCCAAUUCCUUCCUGGAAAAACGUCGUAGGGGACUUGUACGAUUUACGAAUGCGCUCGUUCGGCAUCCGGUCUUGAGCCAGGAGCAAUUGGUGGUUAUGUUCUUGACGGUUCCGACAGAACUUUCGGUGUGGCGGAAACAGGCGACCAUUUCAGUGCAGGACGAAUUUGCGGGCCGAGCCCUACCCCCCGAUCUUGAAGACUCGCUCCCCUCCAACUUAACAGACCUGUUCGAUACGGUCCGCGGUGGGGUCAAACGGUCGGCAGAGGUGUACAUCAACCUGUGCACGCUGUUGGAGCGGUUAGCGAAGCGCAACGAGGGGCUUGCUGCCGAUCACCUGCGGUUCUCCCUGGCGCUGCAGUCGCUGACCGAGGUGACACGCGACACCUACGCAGUGGAUACGAACGAUGUGCCGUCGCUCAACGAGGGAAUCAAGGCCACGGCACGGCAUCUGUCGGCAAGCCAGAGUCUGCUGGAGGACGAGGCUCGGGCUUGGGAAGAUGGGAUGUUGGAGGACCUCAAGCGCCAACGCGACUGUCUGGUCAGUGUGCGAGAGAUGUUUGAUCGGCGGGACCGAUAUGCUCGUAACAACAUCCCCCAAUUGGAGCGUCGCAUUGAGAACAACGAGCGCAAGCUGCAGGAGCUGCGGGCCCGGCCCCAGAACACGGUCAAACCGGGCGAAAUUGAAAAGGUGGAAGAAGCCAUCUUCAAGGACAAGGAAUCGAUUGUGCAACAACACGCACGUGGGGUGUUUAUCAAGGAGUGCAUUCGGGACGAACUCGUGUUUUUCCAGCAAAGUCAGUAUCACAUCAGCCGGCUGCAUCAAGACUGGAGUCAGGAGCGGGUCAAGUACUCGGAGCUGCAGGCGGACAACUGGCGGUCACUCAGCGAUCAAGUGGAGGGCAUGCCGUUAGGGGACUGA